CCUCUUCCACUGGGCAGAUCAAGAAAGUAACUUGAUGUUUUGGAGACUAUUUCCCCACCUCUAAGUGAAGCUCAUGACAGCAUGCACGUCAGAAAGAGUGACGUGAGCAGUGAAUGGGACCAAACGUUUAUCCCCGAGCCCGUACCCACGGACCUCUUAGAAGUGCAGGUCUCGCAGCGCGCCUCCAGUCCCCGCUCCCUGCGCCAAGCCCGUCGCGGGGCCCGGCUGCGCGGGCGCAGGCAGGCGGGGCCGGCGGCCCGGGAGGUUCCGGGUUUCAGCGCAGACUUCUGCGUACCCCGCCGGCUGCGUCACCACUCGAAAGGGCAGCCGGGCUGGCGGGGGCGGGGGCGCGGCGCCGCUGGAAGCCCCGGUGCUCUUACGGAAAGUGCGAGCCCGGGGUUCCCAGCCGCAAUCGAUGCGGCGAGCCGCGUCCCCCAGCGUCGUCUCGGGAGGCCGUUCCCGCUCGCGCUCCGACCCGUCGCAGAGUCCCAGGAAGCGCGCGGCGGUGGCCUCUGCCCGAGAGAGGGGGCGGCCCCCACGGCGAAGCGAGGCCGGGACCACCCGAGCUCCGCUGUCCUGACCGCGCCGCCGCGCCUUGCAGUACCCUGGGGGGUGGAGGUGGUGGGGGGGAGUUGGCACUGUGGAAGCCGUCCCCACUUCUUUCCACCCCCGGACGCCCGCCCGACUCGCCCCAUUGCACAAUUCCUGCUGUGGAACUGCCGCGUGACUAGGACGCAACCCAAAGAAUGUUUCCCAGGUUUCCCCGGCUGAAAAAGGAGCGGUUGGGUGUCCCGCCCUGUCCCUGGGAGCCCUUUCAAUUGUAUUUUUUCGGGUGACUGGAUUGCCCUUUAAAACGCAGAGGUUGCACUUUACAAAGAAAAAUUCACUAGCCGGCUGGCGUGCCCACUCGGUUGGCGCCGGGUGAAGACAGCUGGCACGUUUCUUUUCCUCACGUAUAUCUUCAGACAGGAAAAGUGCUUGGAUCUCCUUGGGGGAGAAUUCAGAAGCUGACUUUAAAGUAGGACGGGGAGUGGAUGCUUAAAGGAAUUGGAGACAGUCUGGAGCUUUCCAAGGAUCACGGAGUUCAUCAGCACUGAAGGCACCUAAUGAGGAAAUCUAAUCUAUAGAGGUUAUGUGGUUUGGCCAAGGUCACCUACCUAAUUAAUGGUGGAAGGCAGGAACAGAAACUCAACUGGAGGACAGAGGAUGAGAUGGUUGGAUGGCAUCACGGACUUAAUGGACAUGAGUUUGAGUAAACUCUGGGAGUUGGUGAUGGACAGGGAGGUCUGGCCUGCUGCAGUCCAUGGGGUUGCAAAGAGUCGGACAUGACUGAGGGACAGAACUGAACUGAUUAACUGUUUCAACCCCAAAUACUUGUAAUUACCAGAUGGGUGUAUUUCCCCUCUUUAUGAAAGGAAAAUGCCUUCUACCGUAAUUAAUAUCUGCAAAGUCUUAUUCCACACACACUUACUACCCAUCCGAAACAAGCAAAACAAUCCCCAGAUCUAACAUAUAUAGGCAAAUGGUUAAAUUUGGCAGUGCCAAAGCAAGAUAGGCAUUUUUGUCUUAUUCCCAUAUGCUAUUAAUAACAGCACUUUUUAAUCACACAAAACAUGCCAGUGAACAAACAGUGCUUCUCCAAGAUGGUGCAGAAGAUACCAGGUUCCCACUGACUCUACUUAUGUAAAUACAGGGUUUUGGUGUUUUGCGUGGGAACUGCUAGACUCAUGAGUGACCAUCAGUGUUGUUCAGAGACUGGUCAGUUGGUUUAUUCAGGCUUGGAAUAGAUUUGUUGCUCAUUUUUCAGAACAGACAAGCUGCAAUCUGUGAGAACACAAGGGACUUCAAUGACAGUCUUGCAGAUGCCUGGACAGCUUGUUGUCUUUGAAGUCUCAAGGCUGACCAAGUAUACCAAAUGUCUAAUUUAGGGACCAGAAUUGCCAAAUAAGUAGAUGUGAAGAUCAAAGGAAUCAAAACUGUAAGUGGCAAUCAUGAGUAAAACUUGAUUCUUUUGUGGGUUGUUAAAAAUGGUUUCCAUGAUGAUUAUUAUGAUGUAGUUAUAGUAAUACAAUUUGAGUGCGGAUUCUUAUCCAAGAAAAUGGUGGGUUUUCCAGUGAUGGACACAAAAGCAGAUCACAUUAUGAAAUGUCUCAUUUUUUAGGUCAUUCAGAUACACUCUGAAAUGGGGCAGUUGUCUUCUCUGACUCUGUUGUCUUCCCUAUUCUUCUGUGCCUCUGAUAUCUGAAAGGUGGGAACAAACAAAAAAAAAACUGCUAGAAAAAUGUGAAAUUCUAGACUUCUAGGUACAAUAUAUUAAUUCUGGUUUGAUAAGCCUACACAAUGUUCAUGAAAUCAAAGCAUUAUCUCCUAACAUUCUAAUAAACCAUUCUAUUCUUCAGUAAUAAAAAUGUUGCAGUUUUUAAAAAGCAUUACAUAUUUUUCCAAUACAGCAAUUUCUAAUUUGCCAUUUUACUAGGUUAUUAAGCCUGAACUCUAGAAACACAAAUUAUAGGCCCCUAUUACUACCUGAGAAGAGAUAUCUGAUCAAACAAAAACAUCCUUCCAAGUAAGAUCUUACAAAUAAUAGAUUCAUUCAGUUCAGUUGCUCAGUCGUGUCCAACUCUUUGUGACCCC